UCACAUGCGAUCGUCCGCUAAUUCGUUGCCUACCGCUGGUGUUCUGCAGGCUUGGCGUCGUCAGACGUCUGGAAAAUGUUCGAGGCUCCCUUGGAGCUGUCUCGACCAGUGCUCACCCCUCCAUGUCAAUUGCGUCCAACAUUCGACGCGCCAUGACUACACCUCCCACAGAAAGCGCCGCCGCUGGCCGGAAGGUGCUCGAGGGCAUCUUCGGCAUCAAUAAGCCGCAAUGGGCGUCUUCAGCGGGCGUUCUGCGCGACCUGCAGACGGAAUUCGCCAAAUCGGAGCUCUUCCAGCCGUGGCUCGAAUCGACACGUCGCCAGAUGCUCGUCUCGGGAUCGAAGAAGAAGCACAUGGACCAGCUCAAGGUGAAACUUGGGCACGGCGGAACCCUCGACCCCAUGGCGACAGGCGUGCUCGUCGUCGGCGUGGGCAGAGGCACGAAGGAGCUGGGCAAGUUCCUCGAAUGCACCAAGAGCUACGAGUGCGUUGUCCUGUUCGGCGCAGCUACAGACAGCUACGACGCCGUGGGCAAGGUGGUCAGCAAGGCCGACUACGCGCACGUCACGCGCGAGCUGGUCGAGGAGAAGCUCGCCGGCUUCCGCGGCAACAUCAUGCAGAAGCCCAGCGUCUUCUCCGCGCUCAAAGUCGACGGCAAGAAAAUGUACGAAUACGCGCGCGAGGGGAAAGACAUACCGGCCGUCGCCGCGCGCCCGGUCACAGUAGAGAAGCUCGAGCUCGUGGAGUGGCUCGAGCCCGGCACUCACCCCUUUGCGUGGCCGGCCGAGGAAAUCGACGACGAUGGUAAAGCCGGCGCAGAGAAGCUGCUGGGAAUCCGAGCUUCAGACGCAGUCCAGCACCAGCGCAACGCCAAGCGCGCACGCUCACCCUCGUCCCCCAAGCCCCCGCGCUCCCCAACUCGGGACGCAGGCGACGGCAUGCGCGACGACGCCGGCUCCCAGCCCAAGAAACCCCGCACCGCCUCCGAGCCCGCCAUGUCCGGCGCCCUCCCCCCCGCGCCGGGCCCCGAAGACGCAGAAGCGCUCAAAGACGCAGAAGCGCCCAAAGACGCAGAAGCCCCCAAAGACGCAGAAGCGCUCGAAGAUGCAGAAGCCCCCCAAGCCCAGCCCCAUGACACGGCCCAGCGCCCGCUCACCGCAGACAUGCCGGAGCCCCUCGUGCCCGACGAGAAGCAGCCCGCAGACAGCGUGGAGCAAGCCUCAGCCGUCGACGCAUCGUCUUUCGCAGGCUCAGCGACGCACCUACCAUCCCCUCCGCGCAUCGACACUUCGCACGCACCACCCGCCGCGCGCCUGCGGAUGACCGUCACCAGCGGUUUCUACGUGCGCAGUCUGUGCCACGACCUCGGUGUCGCGUGCGGGUCGCUGGGGCUGAUGAGCAGUCUUGUGCGCAGCAGACAGGGCGCGUAUUCGCUCGGCGGCGACAAUGUGCUGGAGCACGCCGACCUUGCGCGCGGCGCGGGCGUGUGGGAGCCCCAGGUCAAGCGCAUGCUGGAGGCGUUCAUGGCGAGCGAGGGGUGGGCGGCCGAAGAGCUCGAGGACGACGAGAGCUGGGAGGUCCGCAGGAAGGAACUUGUGGCGGGCCGAAGGGACGAGGAUCGGGGAAGUACAAGGGCAGGGGAGGGGGGCGGUAUAGCAGGGAUAUGAACGGCGGCGGUGCGGGACGGAGCGAGUGAAGAAAGACAGAGCCACGACAUGAUACCCAGAACACGUGAAGAAAUGACAUCCCGUUGCAGGUGAAGAAAUGACAUCCCCAUUGCAGGUGAAGAAAUGAUAUCCCAUUGCAGGAGAAGAAAUGAUAUCCCAUUGCAGGAGAAGAAAUGAUACCCCCAUUGCAGGAGAAGAAAUGACAUCCCCAUUGCAGGAGAAGAAAUGAUAUCCCAUUGCAGGAAAAGACUCUAGAACGCCGGUAAUGCAAGCACGGUAUCCAACC